AAGGUGACGCUGCUGCUGUGGGAUCUCAGUGCCCUACAGCAGCAAACACAAGGCCCGGCACCCUCACCUUCUCGAUGUCAACCAGCUCGGCCUCAUAGAUCUCCGCAAUGGUGAUGUGGUGCUUGGCUGCGAUGGUGAACCGCCCCUGCGGAGGACAGAGGUACUGUGAGUGGAGGUCCCCCUGCCUGGCACACAGACACAGUGUGGGCACAGCGGCUGUGCCUUGGACACACAGCUCAGCCCCAUCCCCAGCCGGCGGCGCAGCCUCUUACCAUGUCGGUGUAGAUAUCAAUAGCUGCAUUUAAGCAGUUGAUGGCCUCUGCAGCAUGUGAGUUCAGAAAAACAACACAAAGUCAGCUGGCAUGCCGGAGUGCCCGUUUCAAGACUUCCCCCCCAGAAAAAACUGACAGAUGUGAAACAGCUGAAGGCGCAUCUGGAUGUCCAUGGGGCUGAAGACCGUAGGCCCCUAGCUUCUGGGGAAUCGCCCACUGAGCCCACCUCAACCAUUCCACAAAAGCCCCAACACCAGGUGGUGACACAGCCAUCAGGACGAGCCACAUCCAACCAACAGAAAGCAUCUCUCUCGUGCAGAGAGGUGGCACAAGGAAGAAAUGCCAGUAAUCCCCAGCAGGCUGCAGGGAGGCUCUCUGGGCACACGGACCAGCUGACUCCGAAAGCCCCGGCGCUCCCACGCCGCUAAGAAGAUUUGCACAAAACAAUCCUGGAUUUCAUCCCCCAUACCUUGUGGGUCUGCUUUUUUGUAGGCGUUCCCAGCAUCCACAAAGCUGGUGGCCGAGUCGUGCUUGCUCUGCAGCUGCAUGUGCAGCUUGGCCGCCUGGCAGAAGGCGUUCCCUGCAGCUGGAACAGAAGCACAGCACCGAGUGUACCCCACAGAGAGAGCAGAAUUGCAGGGAAACAGCCAACCACGCGGCGCUCCCCAGCACCAGGGAAGCUUUAGAGGCACAAAAGCCCCAAAGGUAUUUCCAACCCAGGUCAGCACAGAGAUGCUGGGCUCCGUGCAAACCUCCUCCCAUAACGUCAGCACCCCGCGGGCUGCUAUAGCUCCAGUUGAGUGUGGUAAGCCGUCCCCAGACGGGCCCGUUUAACAGCACAAAUACUCAGCUCCCCCGGUAUACUCACCGCUCCAAUUUUUGGCGAUCUUGAACAUGUUUGCAGCCCUGGUGUACAUCUCGCAGGCCUCCUCCACUCUGGUGUUACCCCUGGACGAGAGCAGGAGGGCGCAUGAAGCCGCUUCUGCCUUUUUGCCGGCGGGUUGCAGUGCCCGAACAGCGCUGCUCACAGCACCCUGCGGGCACCGCGGCUCCCAGGGCUCCGCUCCCCGCGCCGUGCCAGCAAUUAUUCAGCAAAACACAGACGUGCUUUGCCAUGCGGCCACAUCCACAGCCGCCCAGCACAGCAUCCGCGUGCCUUCUCCCACCGAGCCGCCACCCCCUGCUCUGCCUAUGGGAAGGGGGUGUUGUCCGGGCCGUGCAAUCCCCCUUAUGCAACCCCACUGUUGCACGCCGCGCAACCCACUUUCGCAAUUUUCCCCUUUUUGCAGCCCCUCCCCAUCGCAUCUCCCUUUUGCGACCCCCCCGCGCACCGCACCACCCCGUUAUUUUGCAGCCCCCUUUUCUUUUUGCAGCCUCCCUCCCUCGCCCCCCCAGUUCGCUCACCCGAAGAGCCCCCGCAGGAAGGAGUGCGAGCCCUUCACCCGCUUCUCGGCCUCGGCCAUCAGCUGCACGGCCUCCCGCUCCUUCCCCGAGCUGUCCAUCGCGGCAGCGCUCAGCCAGGCCCGGAGCCACCUCCUCUUCCUCCUCCUCCUCUUCCUCCUCCGGGAACGCGCACGGAGGCGGGGCACGGUCCGUACUGCACGAUGCGUGCACACAGCGCACGGCCUCGGGCUGCACAACGCGCGCUGCAGGUGAUGCGUACCAAAACCACCCCAGCAGAAGGCAUGCGGUGGAUGCACCUUGCAGGACGCACGGGGUGCAGCCGGGCCACGAUACCCACCCUAAAGGCGAAUGAGGAGUGGGCCGUAGGGUUUUCCCCGUGGCCAAAGCCAAGGGUCUCCCUGCAGCUGCCCUCCAUCAGUGAAUGAGUACAGGAAAAGCCAGAAGAGGCAGCGAGUUUGCCCAUUUUCUGUCUCCUUCCUCAAACUAGAGCUGAAUUUCUCCUUCUUGGCAAAGCAGCUUGGCACCAGCAUCCUCAUGGCGUGCUGGAUGCCAGCACCAUCACUGCAGUGUGCUUGUCCAAGAUGUACUGGGCCACAUGCAAACACACAGCAACACAGGCUUAUGGACUGGGUGAUGCAGUGAGGAUGAUGAUGCCAGGGAGGCCUCACCCAUUGCCAAAAGGCCCAGGAACCACACCUGCUGCUUCCAAAGGGAGGAAGCCCCAAGGGGAACCUGGCUGUGUGCCUCCAGACUGCAGCUCCUGGUGUGCCCAGCUCCAGGUGUCACAUCACACUGUCACUGCUGCUCCAUGGGGACACACGGAUUACACAGCCUCCCUAUCUCGUUCCCUCCUCCCCAAAGCACAGCCCUGCAUGAUGCUAAGGUGAUGACACCACAGUGGAUCUGCAAGGCCAGAAAAUCAUGCUUUCCGCUCCCCAGCUAAAAGCACACCCCUUUUUGACCGGCAGCUCCAAAACCCACCCUUCAGACCCAGCAUCCGCAGAGGGAAUUAAUCAAUCAAUAAUUAAUUUGCCCACGUGGCUUUGGAUCACUGCCCCAGAGCUCCCUGCAGGUGCAGAACUCAAUGCCAGGGAGGGGAAUGGGCCAGGCCAGGUGAUCGCUGUGCUGCCCGGGCUCACAUAACACCGGCUGCAAUGGGAGCUGCUAAGAGCUGAGCUGUCAGCACUGCGGCACCUCGGGCGCUGGUGGGAUGCACACACAUAGGCUCCACUUACAGAGGGGUCGGGGUGCUCUGGGUUACUCACACAGCCUGAGCAGCACAACGCCCUCCCUCCUGCAGGUUGGUGCUGUGCUCAAUGCUCCAAUGGCCUCCAGAGUUUCCUCCAGCCCAAGGUUGCUGCUGAAGCUGAUGUGUGAUCACCAUCACACAUUGCAAAGGAUCCCAAACCAUCCCAGGUUUUAUUUCCUUUUUUCCAGGCAGGACACAAUGGAGCCUUUUUAUCUCUACGAUCUUGGAAUACAGAUAGAAAACAAAGCUAUCCAGAGGAUCCUUUGCCCCAUGGCCACAGAGCUCUGUCAUCUAAUCCUUGCCCUGGAACAGGAAGAUGGAAUGCGUCAGACCUUACCCAACAUAGAAGAGAAUGCAGAAAAAUUAGCCAAAGCCACUGAUGAACUCGCUUCUGCUGCAAGAAGAUUGGCCGAGCAGUCCGGAGACAAGGUGUACCAGGAGGAGACACAUCUCACAGCCGAGUCCCUUGUGCUGGCAGGGAGGCAUGUGCUGCAGGCAGCCCGCCAGCUGCAGGGAAAGCCAGACAGCCCUACCCACAGGGAGGCGCUGGCUGCAGCAGCAAAGGGUGUCCUAACUGAGACUGUGAAGAUCCUUCAGAUCGAAGGUGCUGCCGGGGCAAGGAGGAUAAUGCAGGCUGCCAGCUGGCUGUUGGAGUGCCUGGGCACGCUGCGGGAUACGAGGGACAUGCCAGGACUGCUGGCUGCUUUCCAAGACUUUUCCAAGGCCUUGCUUCUGCUGAGCAAUCUGACAGCCAAGCACCUCGAGGAACUCCAAGAUUCUCCUCGACGGACCAGCUUGGCCCAGACUUUGCAGCUCCUUCAGAAGUGCAUUCCUUUGCUCCAUGAAUCCAAGCACAGCCACCUUAAAUGCUCCUGGGCUCAACAAGUCAACUUCUCCAAAAACUAUGCUUUCCAGCUGAUGGAGAGGACCAUCCAAGAGCUUGUUUCCUUGCUUGUCAACAGCACGGGCAGCAAGGAGCUUCAGGACAGACACGGGACCUUCUCCCAUCAUGUGCAUAGACUGCUGGCUCUCCUCUCCCACCCAGAACCAGUGCACCUCUCUGACAGCGAGUUUAGCGCUCACGUGGAAGCAGUAGUUUUCUACUGCAUGCUUCUAGCGGAGAUGUGCAGGGCAGAUCUGAAGAAGGAUCUGGUAAAACAUUGCUGGGUUCUCCUACGGCUCAGAAAGAGCAUUUGCUGCCACAUAAGUCAGGAGGGACGGACAAGGCCAAGCUGGGGAGAAAACAGCCUGCGGGAGAAAUGUCACAGCAUGGGAAAGGAGGUGGAGGACCUUGACCAGGCUGUGCUCAAAGCUACUCUGCACAAAAUCCUCGACACCUUCUCCGAGGCCAAGGAGCCCCUGAGGCAGUUAGUAGAGGAAGCUCUUACCCUUGCAGGUACAGGGUGUUUUCUAGCAGGGCAGGGAGGAUUACUGAAGAAGCUUCAGCCCCUCACUGCCACCUUUUUUGCACAAGCCCAGCAGAUGCUCAGAGUGGCAGACUUUGUCCUGGCCAGGUGCACCAAAACCCAAACUGCUAGAGAAAUCCACGACUGGGUAGAGUACUUAAAGAGCCUCCUUGCCAGUCUCCCUCCAGUGCUCACAGAAAUGAGCAGAAAUCCAGCCCAUACGAGCACUGCCCAACAGCUGCAGUCCUUGUACCACGCGUGGGCUGGGACAACAGAAAGCCUCUUGCAGUGUUUUGAGCAGACAGUCAGCAUGCAUGAAUUCCUGAAGCUGUCCAUCCAGGAAAUGGCCAAGCACAAGGAAUGGUGUGACAAGGCCCUACAAAGUCAGGACCCCAAAAGGCUCUCUAGGCAUGCUACUAGCCUCACCAAUUGGGCUCGGUGGGUUGCUGAAGCUGCUGCCAGGUAUGUGGACAGAGCAACAGACCCCAUUUUCAGGAAUGGCUUGCUGGUUUGGGUUGAGCAGCUGGCCAAGUCCAAUCUUGAACUGAAAGCAGCCACGGCCCUUUGCACGGAGAGAUGCUCCUGCCUCCAAGCUAGGGAUGUCUUUUCAAAGACAGUGAGCUGCCUGAUGGAUACUGCUCACUGCAUUCGGGAUGGGCUGGAUGGGUCCAACCACCCAGAUAUCCUCAGCCCUCUCCGGGAACAAGUACGGAGCGCUGACGUUGCGAAGGAGCUUGAACUCAACUCAUCCUAUGCUGGGUUAAAAAACACUACCAGUCAAGCUAAAUUGCAAGAAGACGUCUUAAGUCAUCUGUCUCCACAAACAGGUAACUCACACCCAGAUGUUGUACCAAGGAAAGGAGAAACGCACCCUGUCAUUACAGCACUCCUAGCAGCAACAAGAGCCCAUGAUACGGCAGCUGUGAACGCUGCCUGCUCCGCCUUGCUUGAAGUCUCUAACUGCUGUAUUGACGCAGCAAAGGAAGCACUGCCUAUUGCUGCCUCUCACCUGGUGGAGACACUGGAGCAGUACCAGAAGAUUAUCUUACUGACACCGUGUGUUAUUAGCUUGGCCAGGGAAACAGCCCCAGGGCAGUCCUGGCAUCAAGGCAGACUUCUCCAAACUGCAAUUAACCUCUCAGAAACCAUCUGUGAGACCAAAGAGUGCCUGGCAGCCAUGGCAGGCUCUUGGUACAGUCUGUCUCAACAAGUGCUUGGUUUUAUCAUGGUCGCUGACUUCGUGAGCAGCAAACAGGCUUUGGAUGAGACCAUGAUGGGUUUAGCAGGAGUGGUUCAGAUAGCAGAGGACAUUGCAAGCAUGGCCUGUAGUAAGCAGAAUCCCAUUUGUCCUGAUGUCCAGGAAAACUUUCUACAGGUCCAAGCCAAAUUUGCACAUGCUCAGAUGAACACCAAAGUGUUACUUGAGAAAGCAAUGCCCUUCAAGCGCUCCUGCGAGUUGGGAGAGGCCAGCCUGGAGCUGCACUGUAUCCACUGGGCUAUCAGCAUGCAUGUGCUCCUGGGUGCUGUGGAUCAGUUCAUAGGCAGAGACAUCCUGUUCCUGAGGGAGCUAAGAAGUGCCAUGGAGAACAAGCUUUGUUCACAGAGCCUCUUGGCUGCCGUGUCUGAGAUCUCCCUGAGGCUGCAGGAAGCUGCCCGGCUCUCUUACUUCACUUGCUCUGAAGACUGCAGCCGCAGUGAAAUCCUCAGCCUCGGGGAAGAGAUAAAGGUGCUAAUGGAAGCACUGCUGGAUGCCUCCAAUACCCUCUUGGUCUCUCCGCUGCCUUCUGCGAGCUUGUACAUUCGCUUUGAGCUCCUGCAGAGAGAUUUGGCCCUCAGGGCCAAGGCGUUACUACUCCACCUGGAGAAGGCCAACACCGAACACCUACAAGUCAUCCGAGAUGUGGUUGGACCAGCCCUGUCUUCCCUCCCCAAAGAGUGCAGGGAGAUGAGCCAAAAAGCUUUUAAAGGGAAGGCAAGUCAGCUAAUGGCCAACAUUCAGUGGGUCAAAACCACCCUCCAAGAUGUCCUGGAGACCACCGCUCAACUGCAGUCACGCGCAGACCUGCUCUCUGUUGCAGACCACCUCCUGGUCCUCACAUCUGACGCAGUGGACGGUGCCAGCCAGCUCUUCCAAAGCCACCAGGACAAAAGGCAUCUCCACCUAGACAGCAUUGUCUGGUACUGGUCAGCUAAAGCACACUACCUUGCUAUGCAGCUUCAGGCUGUCCAGGGCAUCAAUGGACACAUCCUGGAGCUCAUGAGGCAACAUCUGCAAAAUGUGGGGGACCAGUGCUCUCCAAAAGAGUGCAGCAGCACAGUCAAGCUCUCCCCAGCCCGAGAGCUUGAUGCUCUGAGGCCCACCAAGUCAGCAGAAACUUGCCUGAGCAGGAGUGGACAAGCAAGCGGAGCUGUCAGAGAGGCAUGUAAAAUGCAAGGGAACAGUCCUCUCAGUACCUUCUUUGCAAGCAGCCCUGGGAAGCAAGAGAGAGAAGACAAUGACAGAACGCGGGGAGUUUCCAGCAGGAUGUCCCAGAUCACCAAGGACAUGGCAGUAAGGAUGCUGCACAUGACUCAGUUCCUGAGGAAGAAGGGCCCCAUCACGAGCAAGGAGCAGCUUGUUGCCUGUGCUAGGCAAAUAGCUUCUGAUGGGCAGGCAUUUGUUACAUUCGGACGCAUCAUUGCCAACAUCUGCCUGGACAAGAGAUGUUCUGCAGAGCUGCUGUGUGCUGCAGAGCAGACCCACACCAUCAGCAGCCAGCUCGCCAUCGUGGCCAGGGUAAAAGCAGUUACUGCUGAGAGCAAGUCCUCUUCCGAGCUGCUCGUGAGCAAUGCGCAGAACCUAAUUCAAGCAGUUCUACAUGUUCUGAAGGCAACCGAGGCAGCAUGCAUCAAAGGCUUGCGACAGCCUGCUCCUGACUCUGAAGCAGCAGCAGCAGCUGCUUUUUGCACCGAGUGGAGGAAAAACCUGUUGUGGCAUAGAGCCAAGCAAUGCUUAAACUCAGACAGGGAUGAAUUAGGCCUCCGCAAGACUCAGGCAAGGACUGAGCCCACGCUCACAGCCAUGGUGCAAGGACAGUCGCCUCUGACCAGCGGUACCCCCAAGGGUCCCAAAUCUAUUAAAGGACACGCAAUUAUGGGCAGCCACCUCUAGAAACAGGGAGGCAUUUCUGCUGCAGAUGAGCUGCCCGACCUUGCAGGUGUAAGACAGCUGGGGUUCUGCAGCAGUCAGUGAGGCUUCUGAAAUGCUGAUGUAGGGAAGACACCGUUUCAUGAGGUACCUUCACUGCAUCAAGAAGUGCCAGCUUUUGUGCUCUCCAGAUGCAAACAGAAGGAUGCAGGAACACACUUGUAUUGUAGCAGCAGCAGCAGAGGUGGCUGGUAGCAUCACAGGGUGUUGCUCAUCUGCACCAGAAAGCCUCAGAGCUGGGAGGUCCUUCUCAGGGCCCUAUCACACUCCUCUUCAUCUAGCAGUACUGCACAAUGCUAACAGACACCUCCCCACCAAGGAGAGCUGAAGGGCAUUCUCAGCAACCAUCACCUCUUCUUCUACAGUAACACAACCCACAGACCCACGGUACUACAAAACCCCGAGGAAAGAACUGAAUGAGGAGGACUAAGGAAUGGGGUCACUGACUUCUGAAAUGCAAAGGAGGCGUGUAAUUAAACAUUCUGCACUUUGCAGUAAUCAAAUAACUUUUAGUGUGAAGGAUUCAUAUUCUUUCCUUUGUGGCAGAAAAAUAUUUAAACAGGCUACAUAUGGAAGCUAGAAGUCUCCUUAAUAGUCUUUUAUCACAGGGCAGCACCAGCAGGUGCUGAUAUAGGAAUGCUUAGUCUUUCUGAAUUGCAGAGAUUAUUUUACUCUUUCAAUAGUCCAGGGCCAGCAGGAGCAUUUUGUCACACCUGCUGUCCCUGACUCAGAAGAUCCUACAGCCUGAAAUGAGCCUUUUCUCCAGAAUUCCAGGGCACACCGUCACAGUAAAACAUUCAGUGCUGAUGCUCACCCACCUUGCAACUAUGGGCAUCUGGGACAUGCAGGACCCCCGAUAUCGGCUGCUCCUGUUACUGCUCUUCACAGCCUCAGAAAUGAGUUGCAAGCAUCCAAGGGAAACGCUGCUCUGUGCUGGAGGAAGGAAUGGAAGCAAGCGCUUUCCCUGCAAAAGACACAAUCAUUUCUGACAGCAGACCUGAGCUCAGUGUGGCAAGACUGUCCCCACGCACCUUCCUGCCCUCUGCUGGGCUCAGACACCUCCCAGCACCUUCCCCUUAGCUUACAGGGUAGGUCAGUACUUGCAUUGUAGCAAUGAAUCCUCUCCACGUUUCAACAGAGAGCAGUAGCAGCAGGCACACCAGAGCAACCUCGAGUUCAGGGAAGAAAUCUGCAACAAACAAACAAGCAAGCACAGGCAGAGGAGAGGAAGCAGCCCACGGAUACUUGCAGUGCAGCUGGGGAUGCCCUUGCAGAGCUGCUGGCCAGGCCCAGCUGGAUCAUGGAUGGAUAGGAAGAGAAAGGCUUCACGUAGACAGUAAGUUGCAAGGACAAGCCAGCCCCUUUCAGAUUACAUUUUCUCCUUACCUUGUCCUCCUUCUUGCCCCAGAUGAAGCCCCACAUUAUAUUAAAGGUACUAACAUGGCUGUCAAUCUCCUGGGUUUGCAACUAGCAUUCUGGGUCCCCUUACCAAAACACAACCCAUUUUCAUCUGCAACUCCAAAACUGAUCUAUACCUGGACCAAAAGCAAACCAUCUGAGAUCCUCCAACUAUCUCAGCUGCAAGGCAUAACAUUUUGCCCCGGGUAUCAGCAUUUUUCCUUCGACCCUUAUUUUUCCCAUACACUGAAAACAAGUCAGAGUUCAAUUUGGUGAUGAUACCUUCGCUGCUCUGCAGAAGCAGUAACUUCAGGUUACUGCUGUCCAUCCUGCAAGUAUGAUCUAACAACCUCUCACAACUAAACAACGAGCCCUGCGUUUGGUCUUAACUCAGACUCAGUGCUCUCUCUCUUUGCACCCCUAUCAAUCCGUGUGCUGCUUUUUCAAACCCUGUUCUUCCUGGCUGUCCAAUUCAGCUGGCUCAGAGUUCCUGAACAAACAAACGUCAUCAGAUGCAGAAGUAAUUAUGUAGGACUAACAGCCAUGUUUUGUGUCCAGUUCUCCAUUAUCU